AUGUUACCAACACCAAGGGAAAACAGUUAGCAAAUUUACAGAGGAGGCGAACAAUUCAUAAAAGGAAAUGAUUUAUAAGUUAGGAAAGCACAAAAGACAAAGGAUUACAAUUUGGAAGCCAUGUAUAAAUGUUAUUAAUUUACAUCAAAGAUAACCCAUAUAUCAAAAUUCAUAAGAGAGCUUAUCAAAUUUUCCAAAAAUUCAAUUGGCUUUGAUUAGUAACUCAAUUAUAUGGAAGAGUAAUAAUGGAAAUCUUCUCACUAUCACACAAAUACUGCACCAGUCCAUUUGUAUUAAAAUAUUAGCGAGAAUGAUGCUGCCUUUUUGAUAAAGGAUUAGGAUACAGGGAAUGUUUAUGAUAUUAGAAAUGCAGAGAAAAUCCCUGUAAACAGAGAGUAUAUGACAAAAUUGAAGAAGAGACACAAAUCAGCAUGGUAAGGCUGGUGGCAAUAGAAAAAAGAGAACAAUUAAAGUUUAUUAAAUUAUGUUAAAUCAAAUAAUAUAAAAGAAGUAGAGAAACUUUUAGAAAUUGCCUCCAAGGAUUUGAAGCCUGAAAUAAACAUAAGAGAUGAAAAUGGAUUGAUCCCAUUACAUUACAGUUGCAUGAAUCAGAAUUACGAAUUGGCAUUAUUACUUUUAAAAAAUGAAGCUGAUUGUGACUUAACAAACUCCUAAGGAUAAACGGCAUUAAGUGUUUGCGCUUAAAAAGGAUGUGAAUAUAUCCUCUCAUUAUUAUUGACAAUAGGUGCUGAUAUUAACCAUAUAGAUAAUCUUUAAAAUACGCCGUUACAUUAUGCUUGCUAUUUUUGUAAAUUACUCAUUAAACUUAGAACACAAGAGAGUUACCGAGAUUUUAUUGGCUAGACCUUCAAUAAUGAUAAAUAUUAGAAAUCUGGAUGGCAAAACGCCUUAUGA